GGGUUUGUUAAAGUGACAGGCCCCAGGGCGCGCCAGGGCUCCUCCACGGGGCAUCGCACCGCGGCCGCUGCGCCCCUCCGUGUGCGGCCGGCGCCCGUGACAGCGGCGCCGUUCGGCUCCCGUUCCCGGAUCCCGGGUGCUGCCGGUCUCUUGAGCGGGAUGGGCGGCGAAGCGGGGUCCGCAGCGGCCCUGGGCGGCUCCGAGGGGGGGCGCGUGAAGAGCCUGGGGCUGGUGUUCCAGGACGAGGGCAAGGGCUGCUACGCGAGCGGCGAGACGGUGGCGGGGCAUGUGCUGCUGGAGGCGGCCGAGCCCGUGGCCCUGAUCGCGCUGCGCCUGGAGGCCCUCGGCCGCGCCACCACCUCCUGGGGCUCCAGCGCUGGCUCCGCAGCCCCGGCCUCCGCCUCGGAGGUGGAAUACCUGAACCUGCGCCUGAACCUGCGCGAGGCCCCUGCUGGUGAAGGCAUCCUCCUAUUACAGCCCGGAAAGCACGAAUUCCCAUUUAGCUUUCAACUCCCGUCUGAGCUAUUGGUGACCUCCUUCUCCGGGAAGUACGGCCGCAUCCAGUACUGCGUGCGGGCGGUCUUAGAAAGACCCGCGCUGCCAGACCAGAGCGUCGGGCGGGAGCUGCAGGUGAUCAGUCACAUCGAUGUCAACACACCCGCCUUACUCAGCCCCGUAUUGAAAACUCAAGAGAAAAUGGUGGGCUGCUGGUUCUUCACCUCGGGUCCCGUCUCGCUGAGUGCCAAAAUCGAGAGGAAAGGAUAUUGUAACGGAGAAGCCAUUCCGAUCUAUGCAGAAAUAGAGAACUGUUCCUCCCGCCUGAUUGUCCCCAAAGCUGCUAUUUUUCAAACCCAGACGUACUUGGCCAGCGGGAAGACGAAGACCGUCCGGCACAUGGUCGCCAACGUGCGAGGAAACCACAUCGCCUCGGGGAGCACCGACACGUGGAACGGGAAGAUGCUGAAAAUCCCGCCCCUUCCGCCCUCCAUCCUGGACUGUUGCAUCAUCAGAGUGGAAUACUCCCUGGCGGUGUAUAUUCAUAUCCCUGGUGCUAAAAAGCUGAUGCUGGAGCUGCCUCUGGUGAUCGGGACGGUCCCGUACAACGGCUUUGCCAGCAGGAACUGCAGCAUGGCCAGCCAGUUCAGCGUGGACAUGAGCUGGUGGGCGCUGGCGCUGCCGGAACAGCCCGAAGCACCCCCGGAUUACACGGACGUGGUGUCAGAGGAAGAGGUCUCCAGACACGGCCCCCCUUACCCGCGCCUGCCCAGCUGGGAGGGCGAGGCCCGCUGCCCCGCCUUCGCCUGCAUCCAGGACUUCCGGCUCCAGCCGCCACCUCUUUAUUCAGAGGUCGAUCCGCAUCCCAGUCGCGUCGGAGAGGCCCAGCCUGUGUCCUUCAUCCUCUGAACACACCUGGGACAUCACUGUGACCCGCACCGGAGGACGCUGGCUCUCUCCUCCGCCUUUUCGGGGACUUAGGGAGGGACAAUUCGCUUAAGAACCUAAAUAGGUCAACACCGAGGAAUUAAAAACUACGUGAACUUUCCAGGGCCCGACAGGACUGUCACCCAAGCUGAUGGCAGGCCCGAGGCUCCCCGCGGAAGAGGGAGUGACCUUGGGAAGCCACAGCGUGUAACGGGGUCCCAAUGGGGACCCAGUAAGCGAAGGGACCAGGAAUGUACGUGACCAUGGCAACGCGCCUCUCAGAGGGAACCCAGAGCGGACAAAGGGACCAGAGCAUCCGGGCCGUAUGGGCGCGCUGGGAGGGCACUUGACUUGGGGGAAGCUGGCAGCGUAGGGAUGUGCAGGCCCCAGGAGCCAGGAGUCGCCUGAUUUCUCCCCGACCCCCUAGGACUCGAGUCCAGGAAAGACCUUUCCUGAGUUCAGGGUCCAGGAGGCCCCGAUGAUGUGACUCAGCGCUCACUCUUCUGGGGGGCUGGUUGGCCAUGUGAUUUGUAAGUGGGUGGGGAGUAGGAUGAGCAGUUAAGAGUCUCUCCCAAGUUCAGGUCCAAGGGAAAGAUGAAUGUCUGCAUGGAACCAGUCUGUGGAAGGCUGGGGUUUUACCCUCUUUCAGUCCCUGGACCGGAUAGUGUUUGCUUUUUCUCAUGUCUUAUUGAUGGGAGCAUGUCAGAAAGAGAAGGGGGCGGGGGAGGGGAAGAGGUUGCAUCCUUAGAAAGCCUUGAUAACUACUCCGGAAAGAAAAAGAAGGUCUUUCCCUAACCUACCUCGAGGGGGUGAUCCGACCGGUGUGAAACCUCAGGCUGAUGCGUUUUAGGAGGGUCUAGCCCCGUGGUCGGCGAACUGUGGUUCGCGAGCCACAUGCGGCUCUUUGGCCCCUUGAUGGUGGCUCUUGCACAAAACACCACGGCCUGGGCAAGUCUGUGU